AUGGUGAAGGCCGAUAUCAAACGCAACUACUAUGCGGAUCUGGAAGUGCCCAACGAUGCUUCCGUCGAAGACAUCAAGAAGGCAUACCGCAAGCUUGCUUUAAAAUACCACCCCGAUCGAAACCCUGGCAAUGAGUCAGAAAUCGUGCCCAAAUUCCAGGCCAUCCAAGCCGCCCAAGAAAUCCUCAGCGACCCGGUGUCCAAGAGCCGAUAUGAUGCAGACCGCAGGAAGGCGGGACUAGGUGCAGGUGCCUUUACCAAGCCAAACGUGCCACCGAGGAGCACCGGACAGAACCCCAUGUACCAGGCCUCAUCCAACUUCCCUCCACCACCGAGACGCACCCCGAACCCGACCGCCUCAUGGCGCAGUACCGCGUCCGGCGCUUCAGGAGCUGAUAGAUUCACGAACUUCCCGAAACCUGCAGCACCCACGAGCAAGAAGACGUCGACCGACCCUGCGAAUGUCUUCAAUGCCUGGCAAAACAUGAAGUCACAGACAGCCGGUGCUUCACCACAACCACCCCCUCGCCCGACUCCCAAACGACCAGUGCCCAAUCCACCGCCGAGACGAGACACGCGCCGUCCCACCGAGGAAGACAUACGUGCUGGUAUGAACUACCGUGAAGCCCCUCCUAGGCCGACUUCCAACGCUUAUGGUGGCUUCCGCUCGGCCUGGGCCGAGUACAACGGAGCAGGAACAAGUAACCCGGGUGCCUCUACCGCUUCUAGCACUCCGAGGAAGGGCGGUUUUGAUCCUACGUCGACCGGUGACGAGGGUCAGGCAGGAAGCACGGCCAACUACUCGUCGUCUAGGCGAAGGUCCGCGGAUCCACCAUAUUACCCACCUCCACCUCCACGUUCUGCUUCCAACCAAACGAACUCAGAUGUCCCGUUUGAGGGCAUCCGCACCAAAUCAGCCUACUCGGGUGAGGACUAUCGUAGAACAACUAGCACAUCUCAAGUGCCCACAACUUCUGAGAGCGGACCGUCAUUGGGUCGAUCGACGCGCAAGGCGGGUACGGGUACAGCAAGGAAGCCCUUUGUCGUCUACAGCUCCAGCGAUGACUCGGAGACUGAAGAUGACUCGGCCUUCACCACCCCUGACACUGCGCAGAAGAUCCCUCAGCCAACGGCUACUGAACAGACAGCUGACCCCUCUUCACGCCCCUUCACACGUCCUAAGAAGACACCCAAUCCUCCCAGCCGCCAGUUCAAGAAUGGCGUGCCUUACAAGGCCCCAGAUGAAGCCAGUGGAAGCAGCAGCCUUGGUCCAGAUCCAGCAAGCGAUGCUGGCGAGAAGGACAAACCAACAAUGUAUGCCAACUAUUUCUCUACCCCUUCUCCAAAGCCUCAAGAAAAAAUGCCCUCUCCAGUUUAUCCCUUCGGGAGAAACUAUCAACACAACAAGAGCCCAGAUUCGAUACCCCGGUGGGCUGUCCCUUCGUCUGUUCCCCCUGUCAAAGCUGUUCCUCCUUUCAAGCGGUCUCACUCGGCUGCUCAACGCGCCUGGGUGGACCUCACGAACACAGAGGCGUCUGAAAACACGGGAAAGAGUCAACCACACUUCCCUGAGAGACCGACAUACAGAGCCGAGCCUAAUGAUCUCAUCGAUCUGACUGCGGAUGACGCCCCUACACUUCAGUCGCCCUUCAAAAAGGCCUGCUUUACCAAAGACGACGCUACUGGCCUUUUCACCAUACCCAUCAAUGCUGACACCUUCAGGCCCAACGUGGCCAAAAGCCGUAGCGAAGACAGCAUCAAUACUUCUUUCGUCGCUGAGCAAUGGGCUGGCGACUUUACCAGCAACAACGUCUUUGCUGCUGCCCAACAUGCGACUGGCAGUGGUCGCAAAUCUGCCACUCCGUCACGGAAGUCUUCGAGAGCUUUCCGCCAACAGCCCAGGGUGAACACUUUCCCCGAGACCACGCCCAGUGUAGAGCCCACAGAGGAUGCGACCGUCCAAUCGCCUCCCCCACCGCCGGCCAAGUAUCGCCCCGAUGAAUGGGCGAAACAUUUCCAAGAUGCCUCUUGGGCUUUUGACCCAAACGCUCUACGCACCUCAUCCCCUGGUAAGCCUGAGUCAAAGACGACAUCUAGAAGUAAUUCGACCGCGGUAAGAAAGGGUUCGAGGGUUGCUAACAAGAUACCCGUGAACACCUCUAAGCCUGCAACUGUAGCAGAUGAAGAGGAGGAGUUGGCACCUAGAACCCACUCUCCGGAUGAGAUGGAUGUCGAUGAAGCUCCACCAGCCGGCACAAAUGCUGCGCCUCAAGCUCCCUCUGCCCAGGAGCCUCGCAUGUACCCUGUCGAUACCACACACCUUCAUCAAGGUGACAAUGAGGCUUCCAAACGCGAGAGCGAUGGCUUUAAGGUCCGCCUUGACGAUCUAGGCGCCGCAGUCGAUCCUCAGCCAUCUCAAGGCCUCGACGGUUUCUCCGAUAUCAGCAACACUCUCCCGUUUACCUCGAAAGCCUCCACCACCAUCCCAACCUUUACACCUCAGUCCCUCCAGAUGCCCACCCUCCCCCGCGCACCCUCGACACCCACGAAACUCACCCGCUCCUCAUGGUCAACCUACUGCAUCUCCUUUUCCAUCUACCUCGACAAAUUCGACAAGUUCAACUCGACCCUGCUCGCCCAUUUCAGCAGACGACAGGAAAAAGCAGCAAGAUUGGUAAGAGCUGGAGUUAAAGCGUUGGAAGCCGUAGGGGAAGCUAGCACGGGAGAAGGCUUUAUGAGUUAUGCUCAAGCCAUCAAGGAAGAUGAGCGCGUCAGAGAACAUUGGAACAUUGGAAGUGAGAAACAUGGAGAUGCGGUUAGAGAGUUUGAGAAUGUCAGGGAAAGAGUUAGGGUACUGAGUGAGGGUGCUGGGUUGCCUGAGAAUUGA